GCACAGCCUGGGUCCUAGUCUUAACCAUCCACUAUGCCCACAAGUCCCCGCACACAAUCACUACUACUACUACUGCAAUGGCCGAGCACACCUUCGACUCUUCUCUCUUUUCCCACACUAUGAACACAUCCACCAUCACAUCAACACCCCUCGCCCCACCUCCAUCAGUAACAUCAUCACACCAGCAACAACAGGCAUCAGACACCAUGAUGCCCACGACCAUCAAGAUGGAAAUGAUUGAGAACUACGACCACUCGCCCUCACCACAACGCUCCGCCUCCACGUCAUCAGAACCAUCAUCAACACCGGCCCCAGAGAGCAGCGCCUCAAAACCAGUCAAGAAGCGAAAGUCAUGGGGCCAGGUCCUGCCAGAGCCAAAGACCAGCCUGCCGCCCCGUAAGCGCGCGAAGACCGAGGACGAGAAGGAGCAGCGACGCAUCGAGCGUGUAAAGCGGAAUCGUCUCGCCGCCCACAACUCACGUGAGCGAAAGCGACAAGAGUACGAGGUUCUCCAAAACGAGAAGGACGAGCUCGAGGCCAACAUGAGGGCCUACAAGGACAAGAUGGCCCAGAUGGAGGCCGAGCUCCGCUACUACCGAUCAAAGUACCCUGGCGAAGCACCAACAUCAACCCCCUUCGAUCUCUCAACAACACACGACUCGUUCAGCACCAUCUGCCCCGCGCAGAUCCCAACAUCCUUCCCUAGCCCCGUAUCCAUGGACUCGAUGGACUCACCCCGUGACUCCUCGUGCCAACCCGAGACUCCCCCGUCAAGCUUCGAGGCCUCGCCCGAAUUCGACUCGACACAAUACUCUGCCGCGCCUUUCGCACCAGUCGAUGAGAAGCCUGUCGUCAUGGAAAACUUCUUCGACUUCGACCAGUUCCCAAAGUGCAGCCCAACCAACAGCGCACCAAUGGAACCCGCUUUUAGCAUGGUGGAUUCUUCUUCAGUCGAUGUCUUUGGGUCAACCCUCUUCGACCACAGUUCUACCUCAACCUCUUAUGGCUUUCUUGACGGCUUUGAUGCAAAGUUCCAUGACUUGCAGAGUGCCUCUGGCGCAACUUCGGUUAGCGACGAGGCCCUCGCAGCGGGAUCACUUUAG